UCCUUUUCUCUUUAUCUUAAAGUCUACAUCAUGGCCCACAACAUCCCUUCCGAACAUCGCGCGCUCGUCUUGGAAAAGGUUGGAUCACCGUUCGAGGUGAAACUGCUAUCAACACCACAACCUACAUCUGGAAGUGCUCUGGUUCGUAUCGAAGCUGCUUCUGUACUUUCUUACCAUGGGGAAAUCUACGGAGGUGUCCGCUCAUACACAUUUCCAACGCCUCUUGUUGGAGGCUACAGCGCUAUUGGAAGAAUUGCCUCAGUCGGACCAGACGCAACGACGCUUCAGGCUGGCCAACUUAUCUAUGUUGAUUGUGUAAUCCAUGCACGCGACAACCCCGACAUUCAAUUCCUUUCGGCUCUACAUGACAGUUCUCAUGAAGGAAGUGUCAAACUCAUGCGUGACGUUUGGCGUAAUGGGAACUUCGCGGAAUAUGCCAACGUACCAUUGGAGAACUGUUAUGCGCUCAACGAAACUCGCUUAUGCACCGAGCUUGGAUAUCAUAUUCGAGAUCUAGCACAUAUUAGCUUCCUCAUGGUGGCUUAUGGUGGGCUGCGAGACAUACGCUUGGAGCCUGGAGAGACAAUUGUCGUCUGUCCAGCGACUGGCAACUUCGGUGGAGCUGGAGUCCAAGUGGCUCUUGCUAUGGGUGCAAGAGUUAUUGCUAUGGGCAGAAACGAGACCGAGCUGGCACGUUUGCGAGAAUUUUCGCUCGAAGGAUCCCCAACUGCGAACAUCGAGAUUGUGAAGAUUACUGGCGAUGAAAAGAUCGAUACGGCAACCUUAAAGUCCUUUGGUACCAUCGAUGCAGUCCUGGAUUUUACCCCUCCGCAGGGACUUAAGUCUACACACUUGCGAAGUGCAACAUCUGCCCUUCGAAGGAAUGGUCGCGUAAGCAUGAUGGGCUUCAGUGAUAGUCCUGUCGUGCCCUGGACAAUGGUGGCCAAUAAUAUCAAGCUAAUGGGGAAGUUGAUGUACGAGCGUGCAGAUAUCAUUCAGUUCGUCAAGAUGCUAGAAUCAGGCCUAUUUUCCAGAGGCAAGAACUUUGUUGAUACAAAGACAUUUCGUCUCGAGGAUUGGAACUCAGCGUUUCAGGUGGCAGCGGAGCAUAUGGGAAUCGGGAGGCACGUUGUGCUCGAGCCAUGA